CCACCCUUGACUUUGUGCUUGAUCAACCCGAGCGGACCAAGGAUGGGGCAGAAGAGACGGAAAAGACAAGAGCAGCACGGAUGGACUGAGGAGAACAUUGGGGUCAUAAAAUAGCUCGGCUCGGUCAGUCAAGGCCAGACAUUUCGAUCUGAUUUCUCAUCUCUCUUGCAAAGAGGGACGGACACGAGGCAAAACAACAAUGGCUAUAGCUGAGCAGAGGGAGUUGGAAGCGCGAUAUGCGCAGGAGCGAGACAAGCGAAUGCGGGAGGAUGGCAUGCAACAGUACAGCCGCCUACCCAGCGAACAAGACAAACCGCUCUCUGACGACCCGUGGGUGGAGGCUGGACAAGAGAGGGGACCGCUCAAGGACGGCGACGAUAUACAGUUCCUCAUCAUCGGGGCAGGUCACGUUGGGUUGAUCACGGCAGGACGGCUGGUCGAGGCGGGCUUCUCAGCCAAGGGCAUAUGCCUGGUGGACGUGGCAGGCGGCUUUGGCGGUACGUGGUACUGGAACCGGUACCCUGGGCUGCAGUGCGAUAUCGAGAGUUACAUCUACAUGCCCUUCCUGGAGGAGACGGGCUACGUGCCCACGCGCAAGUAUCCAUCGGGCGAGGAGAUCCGCCAGCACUGCGAGCGAGUGGCUGGGCACUUUGGGCUGCGCGGGCAAUUCUCGACACGGGUGCUGGAUGCAACGUGGGACGAGGAGCGGCGGCGGUGGGUGGUGCGCCUGCAACGGGAGCAUGGCGCCGGGGCGGGCGAGGUGUUUACGGUACUGACACAGUUCCUCAUGCCAGCCAGCACCCUCUUCACGGCGCCGCGCAUGCCCAAGCUGGAGGGCUUUGAAAAGCUGCAGGCCAAGAUUCCCGUCUUCCACACGGCGCGCUGGGACUACAGCGUCACGGGCGGCUCGCCGGCAGAAGCCACGCUGUCAGGCCUGAAGGGCAAACGUGUGGGCGUUAUGGGCACAGGAUCAACGGCGGUGCAGGUGGUACCUGAGGUUGCGCGCUGGGCCGACCAGCUGCUUGUCUUCCAACGAACGCCCUCGUACUGCGGCCCCCGCCACCAGCAGCAGACCAACGCCAACACAUGGUCACGUGACGUUGCGACUGGCCCCGGCUGGCAGCGCGCCCGCAGCCUCAACUUCGACGCCUUCUUCGCCGGCGACAACCCCCCGCCUGACCAUCCCGAUCUCGUCGCCGAUGGCUGGACCCAGACGGCCCGCGGAUUUGCCGGCUUCAUUGGCGGCCCGCGCAUCGUCUCCCCUGACAAGGUUGGGGAGCACUUGCGGAAGCUCCAGGAAAUCGACGACCCGCUAACCCACCAGGCCCGCGCAACCAUCCGCGACACAGUCAGCCAAAACAAGGCUGCCGCCGAGCGUCUGCAGCCGUGGUACCCCAUGUGGUGCAAGCGCCCCACCUUCCAGGACGACUACCUACCCACCUUCAACAAGACCAACGUCACCCUCGUCGACACCGACGGCCACGGCGUCGAACGCUGCACCGAGCGCGGUCUCGUUGUCAACGGCGUCGAGUAUGAGCUCGACGUGCUCAUCCUCGCCACGGGCUUCCUGCUGGCCACUGGCGACAAUACUGCCCCUGCUGAGUUCUUUGGCAUCCCCGUCGUUGGUCGCAACGGCCGCCGCCUCAAGGAUAAGUACACUUCGCCUGACUUUGGCACCCUCCACGGUAUCGCCACAAAUGGGUUCCCCAACCUACUCUAUGCUGGCCUUGGCGGUGGUCCUGGCUCACCUAACCUUACCGUUGUCUUUGAUCUUGAGGCUACACAUAUUGCCAAUAUCCUAAAAACAGCUGCUAGUCGUGUAUCUGACCCAACAAAGCUUGUUAUUCAGCCUAGCAAACAAGCAGAGGAUGCUUGGACAGAUGAGGUCGAGAAGCGUGCCCUAUGGUAUUCAGUCGUGCUCCCCUGCACCCCAGGCUACUUUAAUCAUGAGGGUGUCACGACGCGCAAUGCUGCUAGCUCCCCUGAAAGACGCCGCCUGGCUAUGCGAAAGGUGCUCUUUGGCGGUGGCACCGCCGCGUAUGAGCGUAUAAUCCGCGAUUAUCAUGCCAAGGGCGACAUUGAGGGCUUUGAAGUCUCGUGAAAGAGCCAUUGUUUUCCUAUCUAGUACGUAAUACAAAAGUACAAGAACUCGAUGAUUAGUGUUUUGAAAAUGCAACCAAGGUCAUCGACUGUGCAUCGAGACACACAACGAAUAGAGACAAAUUACCGGUACUUUAAACUUAGCCCAUGUUAAUAACUUUAAUACAUGAGAAAGUUAACUUGCUUCUAUCGUAAUAAUAGCUAGAGUCUACUUUAGAAUGAUAUGUACGCUUUAGAAUUUAAAACUACGAG